UUAAAUAUGUCUUUUUUUUUUCUUCCCUGCUGACAACUGUACUCUAUUUGAAAAUGACAAAAAAAGUUCACAAAACAAACACGUCACAAAGUGACCGAUUACUCCCACCCGGCUCCUCUGUGUGUUGUGUAUAAAUCAGCGCAGGCCACUGAAAUGAAGUUGCGUGAUGCCACAGCCCUCUCCUUCUUCAGUUCUGGAUUAGAAAAUCACAUGUUUCGCACUCUCUACACUGUGGGCCUUUGCUCUAUGUCGUUUGUUUGAGGCAGACUCCCCUGCCUCUCUGUUUUCCCGCAUAUUUUAUAACAACCCGACCCUGUUUUCUUGCGCCGACUCUUCCUCCUCUGUUCCUUUCCUCCGCCGCACUCCGCCGUCGCGGGGCGAUUAUCGCCAAUGUUGCCCUACCAGACCCUGUCGGAGGCGGAGGCGGCCCUCGGACGGCCUCUCACCUUCGCCGAAACGCUGUGGUUCAACUACUCUGCUCGCAAGUCUGAUUACUUUCUCUACUGUCACAACAUCCUAUUCUUGUUCCUCGUCUUCUCCGUCGUCCCUCUCCCUCUGGUUUUCAUGGAGCUCUGGCGAUCUUGGAGAGUAGAUAGGUACAAGAUUCAGCCUAAAGUGAGGUUGUCGUUUGCCGAAAUGGUCAGGUGCUACAGGGAUGUCAUGCUCAUGUUCUUUCUCGUCGUGGGUCCUCUUCAGCUUGUCUCGCACCAUUCCAUCAAGUUUAUUGAGAUUAGGUCAGGCUUGCCUUUGCCGUCUGGUUGGGAGAUUCUAAUGCAGUUGGCUGUGUACUUUGUGGUUGAGGAUUAUACGAACUAUUGGAUCCAUAGAUUUCUGCAUAACAAGUGGGGUUACGAAAAGAUUCAUCGGGUUCACCAUGAGUACACGGCCCCGUUUGCAUUUGCAGCACCAUAUGCGCAUUGGGCUGAGAUUUUGAUCCUUGGUAUUCCAUCUUUUCUUGGGCCAGCGAUGGUUCCUGGGCACAUGAUCACCUUCUGGCUGUGGAUUGCUCUACGGCAGAUUGAAGCAAUUGAUACGCACAGUGGGUAUGACUUUCCAUGGAGUCCCACAAAAUACAUCCCAUUUUAUGGUGGUGCAGAAUACCAUGAUUACCAUCACUAUGUUGGAGGACAAAGCCAGAGCAACUUUGCAUCGGUGUUCACCUAUUGUGAUUAUAUUUAUGGAACUGACAAGGGCUAUCGGUAUCACAAGAAAAUCCUUAGGAAGCUGAAUGAGGGCACGAACAGCAGUGGUGGACAAAAUGAAGGUUUAUACAAAAUCCCAGCACAGGAUCUCAAAUCUGACUAGUUGUGGAAACUUUGGAAGGCUUCUCUUGAGCAACUCUCUUCCUGUAUGCUUCUCAUCAAUGACAACUCUGAAACCUCAGAAUUCUAGUUGAGUCAUCCAUUUCUUAGUAUUCUAGUCUGUGAGAGUAUAAAUUUUUAGUUUUUCUGGCGUUAUUUAACUGAAGGCUUUGCCAAUUGUUAUUUUGUCUUUCGUGUAGUAUGAGGUAGGGUUUUGAAUCUUCAGCCUUGAGAUUUGAAAAGCCCCAAGCUUUUGAUUUUUGGGACCCUGUAUUCAAACCAAAAUUUUAUGAAUUGGGAUCUUGGCAUGUGA